AAACGCCAAAUUGCCAUGAGCGACAAGAGCCCUGCCGAAGUCUCGCGCCUCAACGAGGAGCUCGAGAAGCGCCACUACGAGUUCGUCUCCAACUGCGACGACGGCAACGGCGACGCAAGCGCGUGCCACAGUUACGGUGAGUGGCUGGCGGUCGUCGACAAGAACUACGACCACGCAGGCAAAGUCUACAAGAAGAACUGCGACGAGAAGGCGUACGGUGCUUCGUGCUUCAACUACGGCCGCCUGCUUCUUGCUGGCAAGGGCGUCGAGGCCAAUGAUGCAGCCGCCAUGCAGCACUUUAAGAAGGCGUGCGACGGCGGCCAUACGCACGGCUGCCACCACUUGGGGCUCAUGUACCUCAACGGCAUGGGCGUGACACAGGACCUGGAGAAGGGCAUGGCAGCGAUCGACAAGGCGUGUGCGAAGGGCGAAGGCUCGAGCUGCUACCGGCUCGGGAGCAUGUUCCUCACGUCGCAGUCCAAGUUUGGGCUCAAGCGCGACGUACCUAAAGCCAAGGCGUACCUCGAACAAGCGUGUGAUGCCAACUUUGCGCCGGCGUGCCACAACCUCGCCGUCAUGUACAAGAAGGGCGACGCGGGCGUGCCUCAGAGCGACAAGCUCUACGAACAGUACAGCGAGAAGACCAAGAUCCUCGUCCAGCAAUCCGGCGGCAUGGCCGGGUACAAGGCGGCGUAAGAUCUGAUUGCGUUAGUCGAGCCAGAAAUAAUACUCCAAAAUGCGAUGGAAAAGC